CUCUUUAAUUAGUUUAAUACACCAAAAUGAUCGGCACACUUAGCUUUAAAUUACAACUCUCUAUCACUUCCUUUUUUUUUCUCUCAACUCGAGGAAAAAGAAGAAGAAGAAGAAGAAGAUCGAAAUUGGAGAAAAGAACGAAUUGAUUGGAUUGAGAGAUGGCGAGUACGAGCAGCGGUUUGAAGCCGUCGCAAUCUCGGAGGGUCACACGGGCGCAGACGCGUAUGGUGGAUCUCCAAAACAACGAUGAGAAAGUGAUCGACAGCGAGCUCGUCCCCUCCUCCCUAGCCCCUAUCAUCCCUAUUCUCCGCGUCGCCAAUGAGAUCCAGCCCCUAAAUCCCAGAGUCGCUUAUCUCUGCCGCUUCCAUGCGUUUGAGAAGGCGCAUUACAUGGAUCAAAAUUCAACUGGACGCGGUGUUCGCCAGUUCAAGACAUAUCUCUUGCACAGACUUGAAACGGAAGAAGUUGAAACGCAGUGUAUCCUUGCAAGCAACGAUCCAAAAGAAAUUCAGUUGUUUUACCAGAAAUUCUAUGAGGAAAAUAUCGUAGGCAGCGAACAUACAAAAAAACCGGAGGAGAUGGCUAAGAUUUUUCAGAUUGCAUCAGUAUUGUAUGAGGUGCUGAAGACAGUUGUACCUCAUGGAAAAACUGAUGAAAAGACAGAAAGAUAUGCCAAAGAUGUUGACAAGAAGAAGGAACAGUAUGAACACUAUAACAUUCUUCCACUGUAUGCAGUUGGGAUUAAACCACCAAUCAUGGAAUUUCCGGAGAUCAAAGCAGCACUUAAUGCACUACGUAAUGUGGACAAUCUUCCAAUGCCUAGAAUCCGUGUGUCUCACGGUGACCCUGAUGACAGUCCAGUAAUGUCAGCAGAGAGGGUUAAAUCAAUCAAUGACAUACUUGAUUGGCUUUCAUCAAUCUUUGGAUUUCAGAAAGGGAAUGUAGCAAACCAGAGGGAACAUCUAAUAUUGCUCCUUGCCAAUAUGCUCAUACGGAAGAAGCAAAGUGAUCAUACUGAGCUGGAUAGUGCCACUGUACAGAAGUUGAAGAUUAAGAUUUUCAAGAAUUAUACUUCAUGGUGUAAUUAUUUGCGCGUUGAAAAAAAGAAUAAGACUCCUCGAAAUUGUGACACGAUGCAGGUAGACCUUAUUUAUAUUGGACUUUAUCUUCUCAUAUGGGGUGAAGCUUCAAAUGUCAGAUUCAUGCCUGAAUGCCUUUGCUUCAUCUUCCAUAAUAUGGCACACGAGGUACAUGGGGUAUUAUUUAGCAAUCUCCACCCUGUUAGUGGAGAAACAUAUCAAGAAGCAGCUCGUGAUGAAGAAUCUUUUUUGAGGGACGUUAUAACCCCUAUCUACCAAGUCUUGCUCAGGGAAGUUAAGAGAAACAAAGGAGGCAAGGCAAGCCAUUCAGGAUGGAGAAAUUAUGAUGAUCUAAAUGAGUACUUCUGGUCUGAUAGGUGUUUAAAGCUAGGGUGGCCAAUGAACCCCAAAGCAGAUUUUUUCAUUCAUUCAGAAGCAGUGCAACCUGCAAAUGAGAGAGUUAAUCAAGCUGCUGCUGGAAAGAGAAAGCCUAAAACAAAUUUCGUAGAAGUCCGCACAUUUUUGCACCUUUACAGAAGUUUUAAUCGAAUGUGGAUAUUUUUUAUAUUGGCUUUCCAGGCAAUGUUAAUUGUUGCAUGGAGUCCGUCUGGAUCUCUUGCUGCUUUUUUCGAUGCAGCUGUCUUUAGAAGUGUUUUGAGCAUCUUCAUUACUUCUGCUUUUCUUAAUCUUUUCCAAGCCACUCUGGAUAUAGUUCUUAGUUGGAAUGCCUGGAAGAGUUUGAAAUUCAGCCAAAUACUACGAUACCUUCUGAAGUUUGCAGUAGCAGCUGCGUGGGCUGUGAUUCUGCCAAUUGGUUAUUCCAGUUCUGUGCAGAACCCAACAGGAUUGGUGAAAUUUUUCAGUAGCUGGGCUGGGGAUUGGAGGAAUCAUUCAUUUUAUGAUUAUGCUGUUGCACUUUAUUUGAUACCCAAUAUCCUCUCUGCUUUACUGUUUUUCCUUCCACCUUUACGGAGACACAUGGAGCGUUCAAACUGGCGGAUUAUCACUCUUGUUAUGUGGUGGGCUCAGCCAAAACUUUAUAUAGGAAGGGGCAUGCAUGAGGAUAUGUUCUCUCUGCUGAAGUAUACACUGUUUUGGAUUAUGCUGUUAAUCAGCAAGCUUGCAUUUAGCUACUAUGUGGAGAUACUGCCACUAGUUGGACCAACAAAGUUGAUAAUGGACAUUCCAAUCGAUAACUAUCAGUGGCAUGAGUUCUUUCCAAAUGUUACGCAUAAUAUGGGCAUUGUUAUUGCAAUAUGGGCUCCAAUUGUCCUGGUCUAUUUUAUGGAUGCACAAAUAUGGUAUGCCAUAUAUUCUACUCUGUUUGGUGGAAUUCAUGGAGCCUUCAGCCAUUUGGGUGAGAUACGGACACUUGGGAUGUUGCGAUCCAGAUUUGAAGCUGUGCCUUCAGCUUUCAGAAAUCGUCUUGCACCACAAGCCAAAGAUGAAAGGGAAAACAAGGAGAACCUCCUUCACCGGAAGACCAUUGCCAAGUUUUCUCAAGUGUGGAAUGAAUUCAUAUAUUCAAUGCGAAUGGAAGACCUUAUAAGCAAUAGGGACAGAGACUUGUUGCUUGUUCCAUAUUCUUCAAGUGACGUAUCUGUUGUGCAGUGGCCUCCUUUUUUGCUUGCUAGUAAGAUUCCAAUAGCAUUAGACAUGGCAAAAGAUUUUAAAGGGAAGGAUGAUGCUGAUUUGUUUCGGAAGAUUACAAGUGAUGAUUAUAUGCAUUCAGCAGUUAUUGAAUGCUAUCAGACACUCAGAGAUAUUAUAUAUGCCCUUCUGGAAUUAGAAUCAGAUAAGAUGAUUCUAAGGAAUAUAUGUUAUGAAGUAGAACAGAGUAUAGAGCAGGGCAGAUUUAUAAAUCGUUUCAAGAUGAGUGAGCUGCCUCAGCUCAGUGAGAAGUUGGAGAAAUUUCUAAAGCUCUUGCUAGCAGAUAGUGAACAUUUUUCUGAGCCUCAAAUAAUCAAUGUCCUCCAGGACAUUAUGGAGAUUAUUACACAGGAUAUUAUGAUUGAUGGUCAUAAAAUCCUUGAAAGCACUCACCAUGCUGAAGAUGGUAAGAUAGAGCAAAGGUUUGAAAGGCUAGAAUUCCAACUGAUGCAAAACAAAUCAUGGAAGGAGAAGGUCGUUAGGCUUCAUUUGCUUUUGACCGUCAAGGAGUCUGCCAUAAAUGUGCCUCAGAACUUGGAGGCUCGCCGACGCAUUACCUUCUUUGCCAACUCCCUAUUUAUGAAUAUGCCAGAAGCUCCCAAAGUCCAAAACAUGCUGUCCUUUAGCGUUUUAACUCCAUAUUUCAAAGAAGAUGUACUUUAUUCUGAAGAUGAACUAAAGAAGGAAAAUGAGGAUGGGAUAUCAACUUUGUUCUACCUUCAAAAAAUAUAUCCUGAUGAAUGGACCAAUUUCCUAGAACGCAUAAAAGAUGUUAUAAAAGAUUCCAAAGAGGAGAAUGAGAAAGAAAAAAUGGAGUUCAUUCGUCUCUGGGUAUCUUACAGGGGGCAGACACUUGCUAGAACAGUGAGAGGGAUGAUGUACUAUAAGCGGGCUCUAGAACUUCAAUGCUUCCUGGAAUUCGCUGACGAUGAAGCUAUUCUUCUUGGCUAUCGGAACUUUGAGUCAUUUUCUGAUCAUACGGCUUUUCAAGAUCGUGCACAAGCCCUGGCUGAUUUGAAGUUUACAUAUGUUGUUUCUUGCCAGAUUUAUGGAAAUCAGAAAAAAUCUGAUGAUCCUAGAGACAGAAGUUGUUACAUUAAUAUUCUGAAUCUGAUGUUGAAGAAUCCAUCUCUACGUGUUGCUUACAUAGAUGAAAGGGAGGAGACAGUAAAUGGAAAAUCUCAGAAGUUGUAUUACUCUGUUCUUGUCAAGGGAGGGGAGACGCUAGAUGAGGAAAUAUACCGCAUCAAGCUUCCAGGUCGUCCAGUAGAUGUUGGUGAAGGGAAACCUGAAAAUCAAAAUCAUGCCAUCAUCUUUACUCGAGGAGAAGCCCUGCAAACGAUAGACAUGAAUCAGGAUAAUUACUUUGAAGAAGCUUUCAAAAUGAGAAAUGUGUUAGAAGAAUUCUUAAAAAAACGGCGUAGCCAACGGAAACCCACAAUAUUGGGACUCAGGGAGCAUAUAUUCACUGGAAGUGUUUCAUCACUUGCAUGGUUCAUGUCCAAUCAGGAGACUAGUUUUGUAACUAUUGGGCAGCGAAUUUUGGCAAAUCCUCUCAGGGUCCGGUUCCAUUAUGGUCAUCCUGAUAUAUUUGACAGAAUCUUCCACAUAACAAGGGGUGGCAUAAGUAAAGCUUCAAAAAUAAUUAACUUAAGCGAGGAUAUAUUUGCAGGAUUCAAUUCAACUAUGCGUGGGGGAUUUAUAACACAUCAUGAGUAUAUCCAAGUAGGCAAGGGCCGUGAUGUGGGGAUGAAUCAAAUAUCCCUUUUUGAGGCUAAAGUUGCAAAUGGAAAUGGAGAGCAGACACUUAGCCGUGAUGUUUAUCGUCUUGGACGUCGAUUUGACUUCUAUAGGAUGUUGUCAUUCUACUUCACAACAGUGGGUUUCUAUUUUAGUAGUAUGGUGACCGUGCUUACUGUAUAUGUAUUUUUAUAUGGACGUUUGUACAUGGUUAUGAGUGGAGUGGAGAGAGAGAUCCUUGAAAAUCCAAUCAUACAACAGAGCAAGGCCCUUGAACAGGCUCUGGCCACCCAGUCUGUUUUCCAAUUGGGCUUAUUGCUGGUACUGCCAAUGGUUAUGGAAAUUGGCCUGGAAAAAGGAUUUCGCACUGCCCUUGGUGAUUUUAUCAUCAUGCAGCUACAGCUGGCCUCUGUAUUCUUUACAUUCCAGCUUGGAACAAAAGCACAUUAUUUUGGAAGAACAAUCCUGCAUGGAGGUUCUAAAUAUCGAGCUACUGGCCGAGGAUUUGUUGUUUUUCAUGCAAAGUUUGCUGAUAACUACAGGCUGUACUCACGAAGUCAUUUUGUGAAGGGGUUAGAGCUGUUUAUUCUAUUGAUCAUAUAUCAAGUUUAUGGAGAAUCAUAUCGCAGUUCAAAUCUUUUUUUGUUCAUCACUUUCUCUAUGUGGUUUCUUGUUGCUUCUUGGUUGUUUGCUCCUUUCGUGUUCAAUCCAUCUGGUUUUGACUGGCAAAAGACAGUAGAUGAUUGGACAGAUUGGAAGAGGUGGAUGGGAAAUCGUGGUGGUAUUGGGAUUGCACCUGACAAAAGUUGGGAAUCGUGGUGGGAUGAAGAACAGGAACACCUCAAAUACACAAAUAUCAGGGGGAGAAUACUUGAGAUAAUACUUGCAUUUCGCUUCUUUGUUUAUCAGUAUGGAAUUGUCUACCACCUUGAUAUAGCUCACCGCAGCAAGAGCUUGCUGGUUUAUGGACUUUCUUGGUUAGUUAUGGCAACUGUUCUUAUCGUCUUAAAGAUGGUAUCAAUGGGUAGGCGAAGAUUUGGUACCGACUUUCAACUCAUGUUCAGGAUUCUCAAAGCACUCCUGUUCCUUGGCUUCAUGUCAGUCAUGACUGUCUUAUUUGUUGUAUGUGGGCUCACUAUAUCAGAUUUAUUUGCUGCUAUCCUUGCCUUCGCACCCACGGGAUGGGCCAUUCUUCUUAUUGGGCAAGCAUGCAGGCCAUUCUUGAAGUGGCUAAAAGUUUGGGACUCGGUAAAGGAGCUAGGGAGAGCAUACGAGUACAUAAUGGGGCUGAUAAUCUUCAUGCCGACAGCCAUUUUGUCUUGGUUCCCAUUUGUAUCGGAGUUCCAAACACGCCUUCUCUUCAAUCAAGCAUUUAGUAGAGGCCUCCAGAUUUCAAUGAUUCUUGCUGGAAGGAAGGAGAAAGCAGCAUGAAGAUUUUUGCAUUUCCCUUACCGAUACUCAGUCCAAAUGUUACCAUAUUCUUUGAAACCAUAUUAUAAAUGACAUUUGGUGAUUUUUGUAAUAUUCUUUCCUUGAAAAUUAUUGUGGCAAUUUUUUUUUUUCUUCAAGAAGAAAUGUUACCAUACAUUCCUAUCCUAUUUAUCUUUACCCAAACCAAGUUUGAUGUUGUUA